AUGUCAAUACCAGCUAAAAAAGGCAACGCGGUUGUCUGGAAUCCUCACAACCCAGCAUCCUUGUUGGUUCCAACAGUCAGAGGCGAAAGCGACGGAGCCUUUGCCACAAACACCUUUUUAUCUCACGAUGGUGUUGGCUGCAAUGAUCACGAACGAACCGCUGUCAUGGAUCUAUUGGAUGCUCAAGACGCGUAUCUCCAGUCACCAACUGGUCCUCAAGCUUUGCUAUCCCUCUCCAAGUCGUAUCGACGUGCCUUGUCCAAUUGUCUGCAGGGAUGGGAAGACGAGCUCCUGUCAUCCGAACAACAAGAUGAUGCUGCUGAUGCUCAAGACGGCAGCAUUUCAUCCAAUUUAGAAAAUUUGGAGUUGCUCAAAGUAGCAUAUGCCGUUACACAUUUGUCAGAAACCUUUUUGCUACUUCCGGCCAACGAUCAAGUCAUGGAUUUUUACGAAUCCACCACCAACUUGCCGGGUGCCGUCACGGCCGAAACGGUUCGCUAUCUACGACUCCACCACAUGACGGAGGCUUCUGAUUUUCUCGACGAAGAAACUCUAGACAAUCUCUUCCAGUCGAUCCAACCAGAUCAAUGGGAGGGGACGGGUGCCGUUUACUGGCAACUCUUGGAAAAAUAUGUCGUCCGAGGCAAUCUGGAAGAUGCCUGGGGACUCUUGACUCGGCAUUCCCUUUGUCGCCGCUGUACCGAAGCCAUUGCGGCUGCAGCCUCCAAUAGCAGCAGUAAUGUCCUUGCUGGCUUGGACGAGUACACUGCCGCUUCGCUCCAAGAAGAUCGAGAAGGUUUGGAAGCCCUGCGAGCCAUUCUGUUGUCAGCACCUCUUCCCGGAGGCCGAACCGACCAGUUCGAUGCGGUGUUGGCGGACGAUGAUGACUACCGAAAACAUGGCGGUGAUGAUGGACAAGAAUUUGAUGAAGACGAUCCAAACAAUUGCUACAUUGAAGGCAUUCCACUUUCGGCAUAUCGACUAUGGGAAACCUCCAGCAAGCGACGAGGAAAGGGAGACAUGCCCUCUGCAUACAAUGAUCAAUAUUCCAAGCAAGUCUAUCGAUCAUGGCAGCAGUCCAUUCGCAGUUUGCCUGCCCUUGACAAAUUGUGUCGUCGGAUGCCGUCCUUGAGAAAGAUUUUGGACAUUUUGAAUGGAGACUUUUCCAAGGUCCAAUUUGAUUCGUGGGCCGAACAGUUUUGUGCAGAACUCUUGUACAAGGCUCCUGACUUGAGAUUGGUGGACAUGAACAUUCGGGCUAUGAGAGUGAUAGAACAGCAUAAUAAGAAUGACAGUCAAAUGAUGAGUGAUGAAAGUGGUGGCGGUAUGUCCGAAUUCGAAGAAGUUGUCUUGAGUGUCAUGAAGGGAAACGCCGGACGAGUGAUUGAAGUCAUGCAUCAAUUGGGAGGAGGAAGUGGAGCUGCUUUACCAGCCGUGAUGACUUCUCUACUAUGCAAUCUGUUGCACGAUGCUGAAAUUUUGCCAGAGGUUUCUACUUCAUAUUCUCUGAAAACAGAAUUAUUGUUGAAUGCGGCAUUUGCCAUUCAUUCAUCAUUGGCGACCGAAGGCCACAGCGACGUGGCAACUCGUUUGACUGCCCGAUUCCUAGUGCCUCACAUCAAGGUCAGGGGAGAUAUUCGCAUCGCGGCCACACUGGUCGAGACCUUAGAACAUCACUACCCAAAGUCAGAUGCCGAAGCCAAUGCUUUGUUGGCGCUCUGUCGUAGUCUGGUCGAGCGAAAGAAUGUUCGAGUAUUGGAUGGUUGCGUGAGCAUUUGCUUGGCACGGUAUCGAUAUUACCUCAAGGACCAACGUCCUGGUGGUGCUUUCCACUGGUUACUAGUGGGAAUGGAAUUUGAAUCCCUGAUUUUGAGUACGCGAAACGAUAGUAGCAAAAUGAUGAUCGAUUCAUCCGAGAAUGCGAUUGACACCAACUGGCAACGGGCGCAAGAAACUGGAGUUUGCCACCGACUUUUGGUAAACUACUGCUUGGAAACAACUCGAGGUCUUUUGAAGGAAAUGCUGGGAGAAGGAGAAGAGGGUUUUGCCAUCCUACAUGGACGAGCUAAGGAAAUGAUUGCCACCGCGGUGGAAGAAACAGACUUUUCCACCUUCAUUCGAUCGGCUCGAGCGUUGGAGAAUAUGCUGCUGAUUGCCAAUGCGAUUGCCGAAGACAAGGGCGAUAGGAUUGUGGCCGACAAUAUUGUAGCCUUGCUCGAAGAGCGCGCAGACGAAGAAGAAAACGGUGUCGUCUCGAGCCUGGCACGGUUCUCGAUGCAUUGGGAUAUACUGAAAUUGGCCAAGGGAGUACUUCGACGGGAUGCUGACCUCCAAUCCGGGGUUGGUAAUCAAAAGGGAUUCAAAUCUUCAUUUGAUGUUAACGGCAUGAAAGUAUUGUUGGAACGUUUCACAGUCAUUUCCGCAGCCAAAGAUAUGGAGAAAGCACCGCUCGUGCCAGAAGAAACCAAGGGGAUGAGGUUGGCUUUGGGUGAAGGGCUGAUGCGAGCCUUGGUCGUCGAGAAUGCUACCAAACGAAUUCACAUGGAAGCAUCGAAAACCUCCAUUUCUGGAAUCUACAGUUCGGACCUUGGCAAGCAUAGUCGUGAAAAGCAAGAGCUGGUGGUUGCCAGAAUGUUAGAUUGA